CUGCACGCAACACGAUGGACGCAUGGAGGUCCCAUCACUCAAUGCCCUGAAAUAUAACCUGUGGAGGUCUUCAUCAUGGGUGGCAACAAAUUUGCCUGAAGACUCGCUUCCCCCUAGCAUAUAAAUCAGCAGUGACAUGCUCUGCCUUCCGGAUCGAACCAUUUGGACUUCAACUUGAAGUUACCGUAAUACUCCAGGGAAGCUGGAAAUCGUUGCCACAUCUUCGGCCCUUUCUCAACACAAGCGGCCAUGGAUCAAAACGCGAGUGAAACCAGUGGCCGCCAGAAGCUGAUGCAAUCCAUCAUCGACGCUGGCACUAAGGCCUUCAGCCCUGACGUGCCCGAGAGUUUGAGGGCGCAAGCGACUCGGGAAUUUGAUGAACUGAUUCAGAGGACGAAGACUCUCAAUGUUCUUGGAGCACUCAACAUCCUGGUCAGGCCGGGCCACGUUCCGCCGUGGCUUCGCAGCAAGUUGAUGGAGGAGCUGACGCGGGUACCGCUCCGCCCGGAUGGCGUCCGAGCAACGCUGGAAUUCGUCUUCUCGGUCCACCCCUCGAGCACCGUAAGAGUCUCUGAGGCGGCAGUUCCGCAGAAGAAAGGAGCGAACAUUACACAUGAAGCCCUCACUCUUGCCAGUAACCUGCUGUCUGCUCCUCCAGCCUCGGUUGCGCCGGAGACGUGGUACUCGGCCAUCUCGCCGCAAUUGCUAGUGCUGCUUGACGGGGGCGAAGGGCCAGAGCUGGUCAAGGUUGCCUCGUAUGUCGUUGGAUUCGGCAUCCUGGGCCGGAAGGCGGCCGGCGCUCCCGGCACCGCCGGUUGGAAAUACUUCGCGGAGCCCAUGCUAAACCACAUCAAACCGCCUCCCGGGUUCUCAAAUGAGGCAGGAACCGAACGAGAUGGGAUUGUUGACCUAACCAAACAGGAGAUACUUGUCCAACACAAUGAGCUACUGACGGCACUUCGCCGCUUGCACGCGCUGCUCGUGUCACACCCCAACCCGGGGUUGUGCAAGCGGCUGCUUGCGCCGCUGGUUCUCCCGCUUUGGGCUCUUGCAUCGCGGCCCGAGGCUCCGCCGGCCGUCGCAGAGCCGGUUUGCUCAUCUGCACUGGAGCUGCUGAAGACUUAUUCGAUGCUGAUGCCCUCCCCCGGCCUUGUUUUGCUUCUUGCUCGGAAUCUGGGCUACAUUGGCGGCCACAAUACGAGCAGUCCCGAAUGGGUAUACCAGGCGGCGGAAGACGGGCACGUGCAGAUCGUGGAUGCAAGACCGCUCUUGACGAACAAGAGUGAUCAGGCAUUCCGGUUCACGUUAGAACACAUUGACCGGAAAACGGCCAAGCUUCUGGACUUGGUCACCUCCACACUUUCUGACGCCGACAUAUCUGCGUCUUUCCUCGAACUUCUCAAGAGAUGGCUCGCUUCCAACCACAACCCUGACAGGAGUGGCAUCAUAGUCCAGCAGGAUAACGACGAGGAAGAGGAUUCAGUCGCCAAACUAGCCGAAGUCAAGACACUCCAGGCUAUGAUGGAGCGGUUCCCCGAGAAACUUGCCACUCAGCCCAAGCACAUCCUUGACCUUGUCAGUCAGAUCAUAGCCCGUGCUGGGAACAGCCCAGACGGCGAUGACGAGGUGGCUGGCGUGGCGCUCAGCCUCCUAAAUAUGGUCGUGACGGUUCCGGGCUUCCAGAAAUCGCGAGUCGAGCCGGCUGUGCUCUCCCUCAUAGAGUCGUCUCUGGAUAGGCUCUCUAACGGGUCUACGGAUCUCUCGCGGACGGCGAAUAACCUCCGGCUCCUCCUCCUGUACCGCGACGAGAUCGACAGCGCCUCGUCCGUCACCUCCACAAGCUUACCUACCGAUCAGCAAGUCGAGGACCGCAAGACUUACGCGCUUGCCAUCUCCUACAUUACCCAGCCAGACUCCCCGGCCCCCGUCCGGUCCGAGGGUCUUAACCUCAUCGCAACGCUUAUCACAUCCCAGUCCCCGGUCCUCGACAUCCCCGGCAUCCUGGUCCUCCUCUCCUCCCUCAUCUCCGACGCCGACGAGUACAUCUACCUCCGCAUCAUCAAACUCUACGCCCUCCUGGCCAACAACCACCCGCGCUCCGUCACACGCGAGCUGACAGACCACUUCGUCGACGCCAAGGAGGCGCACCCGCUCGACGCCCGCCUGCGCUUCGGCGAGGCCCUGGUGCAGGUGAUCCAGCGCCUGGGGCAGACAUUCACGGGCGCUUUGGCGGCGGGGGUCGGCAAUGCUCUGCUCUCGGUCGCGGGGCGCCGGGGCCGGCGGCCCAAGACGGAGGCGAAGCAGCUGCGCGAGCAGAGGCUGCAGGCGCAGAGGAAUCGCGAGGCGGCCGAGGCGUGGGGCGGCGAGGUUCCGGAUAUGAGCGACCCCAUGACGGAGGAGGAGAGGGCUAGGAAGGAGCUGCUCGAGCGGAUUGUGGACGGGUGGGAUGAGAGCAAGCGCGGGAUGGAAGACGUGCGGGUGCGCGCGUCGGCGCUGUCGGUUCUGGGCGCUGCGGUCGAGGUGAAUGCCGCGGGCUUGGGCCAGGGACUGGUCACGGGCGCGGUGGAUCUGUGUGUGGCCGUGUUGCAGCUGGAACGUGGGCUGGAGAAGGGCAUUCUGAGGAGAGCGGCGGUGUUGUUUGUGAUGAGCUUUGUGAAGGCCUUGGAGGAGGCGAGGGAGAAGGGCCGGGCGCUUGGGCUUGGGUUCGGCAAAGAGGCGCAGGAAGACGUGAUGCGGACGCUGAGGUAUGUGGCCGAGACAGAUAACGACGGGCUGGUGGUGCAACAUGCGAAGGAUGUGGUGGAGAGCUUGGAGACCUGGCAGGUCGUGAAGCUGCUGCCCGCGUCGAGCAGUCAGCAACCGCCGCUUGGCGAAGCAUUGACGAAGUUGACUGGGCUAGAGGUCGACCCGGAGAGGUCGGCUGCGCUCCACGAAAACAGGCCGUCGAGGCCGAGGAUCGAAGAGGUCGAGUAGACAGAAAGGGAAGGUUCAGGCAUUGCUACUUCACUUUUGAAUACUACGUGGGAACCAGCUUGGGAUAUCAAUGUUCUGGGUGCUGCGAUGCUUCAGCAUGUCUAGGUAGCAUAGGGGUUAGGGUUCUAGAAAGAUGGCCUUGUCGUUGUAUUGUAUUGUAUCC